CACCAUCUGGGGGGGGCACCGCGGGGCCUGGUGGGUAACGGCGCCCCUUCCCAGCAUGCCGCGGGGCAGCAGGAGGAGUUCCCGUCGCCGGCGGAGCGCCCCCAGUUCCCCGGCGCCUCGGCCGCCUUCGUGGACACGCUGGACUUCAUCCAGCCCAACGUGCUGGCCGGCAUCCCCGUCUACCGCGUCAUGGACCGCCAGGGCCAGAUCCUCAACCCCAGCCAGGACCCCCAGCUGCCCGCCGAGACCGUGCUGAAGCUCUACAAGACCAUGACGCUGCUCAACACCAUGGACCGCAUCCUGUACGAGUCCCAGCGCCAGGGCCGCAUCUCCUUCUACAUGACUAACUACGGGGAGGAGGGCACCCACGUGGGCAGCGCCGCCGCGCUCGACCCCACCGACCUGGUCUUCGGGCAGUACCGCGAGGCAGGGGUGCUGAUGUACCGGGGGUACCCGCUGGACCUCUUCAUGGCGCAGUGCUACGGCCACGCCGGCGACCCCGGCAAGGGCCGGCAGAUGCCCGUGCACUACGGCUCCCGCGACCUGCACUUCGUCACCAUCUCAUCCCCCCUCGCCACCCAGAUCCCCCAAGGCAUCCUGUCUAUCCGCGUGGACGGCAACGACGUGUUCGCCGUGUACAAUGCCACGCGGGAGGCGCGGCGGCGCGCCGUGGCCGAGAACCAGCCCUUCCUCAUUGAAGCCAUGACCUACAGCCGGAGCCCCCAGCUGCUCUUCUCCGAUGUCUACUGCGACGCCCCCCCCAGGCUGGCACAACAGCGCGACGGGCUGGCGCGGCACCUGCGCCUCUACGGCGAGCACUACCCGCUCGCGCUCUUUGACAAGUGACUGCUGGCCCCGCCCCUGGGCUCCACCCACCUCCAGACCCCUCCCACCUUCGCCAGGCUACCUGCCAGCUCUGCCUGUGCCUGGCAGGCUCCGCCCAUUUUCCCAGGCCCCACCCACCCUAACAAGCUCCACCUCUACCAGGCCUUCUGCCAUCCUUGCCAACCAUCCACCAUACCAGCCUAGCAGACUCCACCCAGUCCUAGGCCCCACCCACUCCCCCAUGCUUCCAUCAGGCCCCUCCCACCUUCACCGGACCGGCCAGCCCCGCACAUGCCUGGCAGGCUCCGCCCACUAUUGCCAGCCCCACCCACCCAACCUAGCUCUACCUCCCCCAGGCCUCGCCCACCCCACCUGGCCCUGCACAUGCCUGUCGGGCCCCACCCACACCUCCACUGUCUCGCCUCCUGUUGCUCUGUCCCCUUGUGCUGCCAGCCUGGGUCCUGGGACAGCCCGUCCUCCCCACACCGCUUGCCCAGCGGCUGGAGGUGUUGUUGCCCCCGGAGCUAGGAGGGUUGUGCCUCCCCCCGCCUGCCCUUGGGGGCCUGGAGCUGGGACUGGAGCUGCCAGGAGCAGCGUCACCAAUAAAGUUUGUAAGAACUGA